AGUACCUCGUGGACAGCAGCCAAACUGAGUGGGCACUCGGUGAAGGUUUAGUUUGUUGUACGUUGAACAUUGUUGGGUUUCGCAUCGCCGCACAUCCGCUCAUUUGACGUGAGUACUUAGGAGGAGUUUGAAGGGGACUGGAGGAAGACACAGGGCGGCCAGACCUCCGCUUUGUUGGUCGCGGCGGGUGAAGAGACUCAGGAGCAGUUUUUUUGUGUCAAAAGAGACUCCGCUGAUAUUUUUCCCGCUCCGUUUGCGCGAAGUGGUGCGGUCAGAGUGGAAUAGAUGGCUACAAAUGAAGGAAAGCAGAGGUGAUAUUCAAGCUUUAUCACCUUAGGGCUCGACAGGCGGUUGACCCCGGUCCUAUUUUCGCCGCAGCCUGCGCGCACCGCUUUGCCGCGAAGCUCUCCAUUGUGUCAGCCAGCCACUUCACCAGCACCGCAUCGUCUCCACUCACUCGGUUCUAACGCACGCCCUUUAUUCUAAAUCAUUACCGACAAAAAGAAUCAACUCAAAAGAUGUGUUCCAGGAUUUGGUUCGUGACAGACCGGCGCAUCGCCCAGGAGUAUCCACAAGUUCAGAUCCUCCGCGCAUUGAAGGAGCGAUGCGCGGACGAGGAUGUGGAAUUCCGCUAUCUCCUCAUGGAUCAGAUAGUGCUCACUAUCUGCGAGGGGCAGCUGGGGCUGCGUGUGGACCAAGAACUGGUGACCUCGUACCCUCAGGUGGUCAUGGUUCGCGUGCCCACUCCCUGGGUGCAGUCGGACAGUGACAUCACAGUCCUGCGGCACCUGGAGAAGAUGGGCUGUCGUCUCAUCAACAGACCUCAGGCCAUUCUCAACUGUGUCAACAAGUUCUGGACCUUCCAAGAGCUAGCAGGACACGGGGUACCCCUGCCCGACACCUACUCAUACGGAGGCCAUGAUAACUUCCGUAAGAUGAUCGAUGAAGCAGAGCCAUUGGGGUACCCGGUGGUGGUGAAGAACGCUCGUGGACACAGAGGCAAAGCGGUAUUCCUGGCUCGUGACAAGCACCACCUGACAGACCUGUGCCACCUGAUCCGCCAUGAUACCCCGUACCUGUUCCAGGAGUACGUGAAGGAGUCUCACGGCCGGGAUGUACGCGUGGUGCUGGUGGGAGGACGCGUCAUUGGCUCCAUGCUGCGCUGUUCCACCGAUGGCCGCAUGCAGAGCAACUGUUCACUGGGGGGAGUGGGUAUGAUGUGCCCUCUGAGCGAACAGGGCAAGCAACUGGCCAUCGAAGUGUCCAACAUCCUAGGCAUGGACGUGUGCGGCAUUGACCUGCUGCAGCUCAAUGAUGGCUCCUUUGUGGUGUGCGAGGCUAACGCUAACGUGGGCUUCAUUGCGUUUGACCAGGCCUGCGGCAUGGAUGUGGCUGGGACCGUGGCCGACUUCGCCCUGUCCAUGCUGCCCAACCGUCUCACCAGGAAGAUGUCCCUGCUGUCUGUGGUGUCCAGCACCAGUGAGACCAGCAGCGAGCCCGAGGUUUGCCCAGUGCCCCAGUCCUCUCUGCCUGAGGCUGUGUGCAACAUGAGCAUGGGCUCCACUUCCAGUGAGAGCGAUCCAGAAUCUGUGGAGCCAGCGCAGUCUUUACCCCUCCAAGCCACCGCCCCAGCCCUGCCCGACCUCCCCGACUCCGCCUACAACAUCAACACGCUCCUGGCCAAUGAGAUAAAGCUAUUGACUGAGUAGAAAUGAAACCAGGAGGAAAACAAAAUACCCUUCAAUUACAUAUUAUAUUGAAGAGGGAUAGUGGGGUGGUUUUGUUACAGGUGGGCUAGAUGUAUAUGUAGAACUUUAGUCACUAAGUUAGGUAAUCACCCGUUUGGAGGAGUAGACAGGAGCAGUGCCUCCUGUUCUAUGGCUGCUAAAACACUCCAACAUGACUUCUCCAAUUUUUAAAGAUGUUAUCUGUUUUGUUGUUGGUCAUUCACAAAGUCCAGAAAAUGAGCACUCUCUAGUACUAUCUUAUCGAUGCAGCUUUAUUCCCAAAACAACUGCUUUUUUAGCUUCAGAUUUGCUCCUCUCUGCUUCUCCACAUUGGGUUAUUAUCUACUGAAUAGACCAAGUAGCUCCACCUUCGUAAACACCUUACCAUCCCUUUAAAUCCACAUUAAAUACAUGUUAGACAUUCCUUUAGCGACAUAUCAACCUUUGUCAAAUCUUAUUGUGAACAUGAAGUAACCCUUUUGAAAAACACAGAUCUGAAGGCUGCUCCCCUGACACCCCCCUCUUUGCACCUCUUCUCUCCAAAACUGGGCCUGUUUACUGCAAGAGAGGGUAUUUUCCAAACAGUUAUAAAAUGUAUGGGGAUUUUAAAUGAUUUUGUUUAGAUGAUAACUGACAGUAUAAAUGUAGCAAUAAAUGAAAAGUACUUCGUAUAACCAUAGGGUUAUUGGUAAGUGCUAGCUUGGUCUAGUGAAGUGGGUUUGGCAUUUCUUUCCUUCACAGCCAUUUCUAAGACCUAUUAGUUUGCUCGUCUUGCUGGACCAAUUGUCUGUAUUGAGUUUGUGUAUCUUGUGUGAUUAGUAUUCAGACAAAUCAGGAAGGACAAUUUACAGUUCAUAUAUUCUAUCUAUUGACCUUUAAAAAAAUGCAAUUUUUUCUAAAAUGAUAAUGGCUGACCAAGCUAGACAAUAAGCCCUCUGUGAUCUACGUCUACUUAUGAAGUCUUCAUUUGUCUACAUAGAUUUUUCCAAACUGACAAACUGCAGCAGCUGCAAAAAUGAUUGUCAACAAUGUUUACUAUGCAUUGAAGCAUGCCAUAGGUCUUUAAGCAAAUCCAAACUUGAGGUCAAAUGAUUACAUAUCUGUUAAACUGUGUUGGUGCUAGCCUAGGGCUGGGCAAUAUUCUGUAAAUAGAAUUAUCAUUUGUAAAGAAUAAAUAGAAACAGGUUAUUUCCAAUUCAAUUGGGGACUUUAUGGAGAAGUGACGAGUUUUUAUGUCAUUCUCAGUACACACUUUAUUGGCCAGCCCUAUUCUAGACCUUUUUAUCUCCUCUGACAAUUAGCCUUACCAACCGCGUGGCACCACUGCCACUUUUUAAAGUCAAUGUCUUGCACUUUAUAAACCUACCUUUGUGUUUUUCUAAGGCCCGGGCGAUAUAUUUUUGAAAAAGCCGAGCUCAUAAAGGCUACCUCAACUAGAUCUUUUCAGACAUAUCCACAAUUUGUCCCUUUGUUUUGAGUGACAACUAGGUGUAAUUUUUAACCCACUUUUUAUUUCUUUAGAUUAGUAUAUCCAGGCUUAAUAUUAAUUGCCAAAUUGGAUUUUUUUUAAUAAGCUAUUGCCGGUACAAGACAAUAGUAAACUGUAAAUUUGGGCUAACUUGAACAUGUAGAUUUCUUCUUGUAUCCUUUAAAAUAUCUUGUAUGUUAUCUUUAAGUAAUUAUCUUAAAAUGUCCAUCUACAAAACAAGGUGGCAUGGUGUACAAAUACAAAGCAAGUCAUAUUUUUUUGUUUUGAACAACAUGAAUGUUUUAAAUAAUCCAGAGUUUUCAAUGGGUAUGAAUUCUGAUUUUAUGUUUAUAGUAGGCAGCCACAUCUGUGUUGAAACGCCAAAUUUAAAAGCACAAAUGUACAGCUACUACUAUUGUUACUAUAUAUUUGAUAGUGUACAAUACUGGGCUUUUUGUUGUCAGAUAGUUGAGUUGAAUCUAACUCAGGGAAGCAGCCUGGAUCUCAAGCCAAACUUCCUCCCUCCUUUCCUCCUCAAAAAUACAUUCACACACUUUAUUAUAGACACAAUAUAGACACAAAACUCUGUAUUCAAGUGAUUCUCAGAAAAAGUACAUUGUAAAAGUGCCCAGAAUGCUUAACGCUUAAUACAACUUGCAUUACCAUUUGCACUUAAAAAUGUAUUAUAAUGAAAUUUAAUCACUUGGUUUGUUUAUCAUUUAAGAUUGAAUUGAUCAGACCAAAUCAAAUAUGAGUAAAUUGGAAUUUUCUGAGUGUUACCUGAAUGCAGCGUCACAUACAUAUCUCCAAAUGCCAUACAGCUAAACGAUGCAUAAACCAGGAUGAAGGAAAACUACUGUAUAUGACAACGCGGAGUGUGUACCAAGCUUAAAACGCACCUUUUCCUUUUGCUUGGGUUAAUAUUGUUCCUUUCUAACUUAUGGUAUUUUAAAACAAAAAAAGUGAUUUGUGUGCACUAAUAAGACUUGUCUCAAUAAAAGUGUAACUGCUGUGAAAGCACAGCAUACAUACAUACAUUACAUUACAUUUGUGAGUUUAAUACUUUAGCCACUCAAAUUUUAAUAUUUGGGCAAAAUAACAAAUGGAGAAGGAAACAUGACGCAAUAUUUUCCAGUAAAACUAUUUAAGAAUUUAAAAUAUAUAUAUAAGUUUUGGUUGAUAACAGUCGCCCCUAUCAAAAAUAAAACACCCAAAAAUCCGAGAUCGAUCAACGUCAUGUACUUUUCACAGAUAAAAAUCAGCUGACAUUGGGACAAUUUGUAAGGCAAAACUCGCAACUCACUUUGUGCUUAAGUUCAAGAUUUCACAGCAGCUGUACUAAAGAAGUACCACCUUUUAACACUACUGUGACGUUGUCCAGUGUAAAUAAUAAUAUUGAUGAUACCGUAUUAGAGGAAAACAAAACUGUGAACCCGAAAUAUUUGAACGAAAAUCCGAAUUUUUCUCAAACCAGUCGUUAAUUUUACCAGAUGUUGUUGUUCCUUUUUGUAACAGAACCUAUUGUGUACAUAUUAUAGUCCAAUUACAAUGUUAAAAAGCCAGCCAUAGAAAUGAGUGAAUGUUCUUUUUUCCAAGAUAUGCAUAAACAAGUCGACAGGUUUACUAAUUAAUACAGGUCAAAUAUAUAGUUCUGUAUUUUGUAUAUGAGGUGACAUAUUUUUAUUGUUGGUGGAGAAGCAAACUUGAGCAAUGACUUGAAGUAAAAACUAAAAGCUACUUCAAAAAACUACUACUUAAGUACAUGUAUGUAGUAGUAGUAGUAGUAGCAGGAACAAUAUAGCAUUUACAAAAUAUGGAACUAUCCCUUUAACUGUGCUAACGCCUAAAAUAUGCGAUUAUAACUAAGUCGUGAUUGGAGUACAUUCUCACUACUACACUUCCUAAAAGCUGCUACCGCAAUAUAUUGGGCUACUACUACCACUGAAAAGGGAAUGAAAGCGAAAUCAAAAUGACACUGCCUGUUGACCGAGACAAUGCCAAAAUAAAAUGUUUUGUUGUAAAAAUUCAUUACUAAUAAAUAAAUAAUACUCGUAGUUAGAUGCUUUAUUUUGAAAGUUGUGUAAGAAGUUGUACAGAAAUGUUGAAAUGAAACUGGGGUUGGCUUGAAAGUAUACAAGAUCAAAUGUUGAAAUGGAAAAAAAUGACUUAUUUUUGUUUUGUGGGGAAUUUAAGGUCACCUAUUUCCACUAAAGCUAGAUUAAUCUUAUUAUGGUCAUAUAGUGUAUUCUAAAGUUCUACAUUUAAUUAAAAAGAUGGCUGUAUUUGGGUUUUGAAGCCUCCAUAAGACUGACUAUUUUGAUCGGUCACUGUUCAAAUGAUUUUGGCAAAACUACUAUCAAAUCAAAUGGCCAGAAUUAUCAUACCAAAAAUCAAAUAGGUGACCUUCAAUUCAAAGAGUUGUGGAUAAGAAAGUUUGGGCUGCUCCAAAGGUACGGAAUUGUUGACAAACUCACUAGGACCCCUGACUUUGAUUUACAGUGUUAACAAAUGCAUCCUAAAAUUUGUAAUUCAAGUGUGCAAAAUGGUGUAAAUAUACAGCUAUAUCCCUCUUUUUUUAGAUUCAAAUAAAAUGUCAUUAUUUCAAACCA